CAGGUUUGUCUGCUUUCAUGUUUUUAAUCCGCCCCCCGAACCGAAACUUGAGGGAUUCGUCAGUGCCAGGCCAGCUGUCCUAUUUUUAUUACUAGUCACCUUUCAUUGUGUGCUAUGGUGAUAACCUGGCAUCGAGAGAGGGAGUUUAGUUCAGGAACGAUAAAGAUUUUUUUCACCUUAAUCCACUUCGGCAGCUUCUUCAUAAAACUUUCAGCGGAACACACAGGUCAUUUUUGGCAACUCACUGAUUUGCAUUGGGACCAAAGAUAUAGUAGAGAUGGAGAUCCUAGGUCAAUGUGCCAUGCAAGCAACGAAAACCAUUUGCUUGCAUCCAGCAAUCCAGACACUCGUGAUUAUACGUGUGCUGGACAAUAUGGAAUGUACAGCUGUGAUGCACCUUGGGAUCUGAUUGAAUUUUCAAUCAGAGGAAUGGCAGAAAACACUGUAACUCCUAAUUUUAUCAUUUGGACUGGAGACAAUACUCCUCAUGUCAAAGAUCCAUCACCCGACUGGUCAGUGAUAUUUUCAUCUCUCCGUAAUGUCAGCAAUACAAUUAGAAAAAAUUUCCCCAAUACCACCUUAAUUCCUGUUCUCGGAAACCAUGAUGUAUUCCCGGAAGACCUUUAUCCGGCAGAAGCCGAAGCUUUUUAUCAUGCAUAUUUGACUGAAGGAGGGUGGAAUGAGCUGUUGGACAAGCAAGCGCAGGAAUGCUUUGGUAAAUGUGGAUUCUACUCGCUGGAUGUCACACCCGACUUAAAGGUUAUCAUUUUAAACACGAAUUUGUACAAUGUACCAAACAACUUGACCCAUGACCAAGACGAUCCUUGUGAGCAGUUGAAAUGGUUUGAACUCCAACUCAAGACGGCAGAGUCCAAAAGGAACAAAGUCAUCGUAGCAGCUCAUAUCCCACCAGGCUAUUUUGAAAGAUGGAUCGGGCCACCGUUUUUUAAUCCGGGUCAAAACGACCGCUAUGUGCAACUUAUCCAAACCUAUGGUGACAUUAUCCUAACUCAAGUUUACGGCCAUACUCACACAGACUCUUUCCGGCUGAUUGCCAACGAUCGACGUCAAGUGAAAAGUGUAGCCUUCGUGUCUCCAUCUGUAACGCCAUGGCUCCACACGGGUGGAGUCAAUCCAAGCCUGAGGCUUUACAGCUACAGUCUAAACGGAAUAAAUGAUUAUUGGCAAUAUUAUUUUAACUUAACUGGAAUGGCUGAACAAACACCAACAAAUCCGCAAUGGCAACUGCUGUAUCAAGCCACAGUCGCUUACGGCGUGCGAGAUCUGAGCUUGGAAAACAUGCUAUCGAUCUACCGAGACAUGGUGGCGAAUCCCAAAGUCUUCGAGCGCUACUACUUCUUCAAUACAGUUGGGCACGUCUUCGAAGAAUGCAACGCAGCCUGCAUGCGGGAUCACAUCUGCACUAUCUCUCACCUGAUGGUGGACGACAUGCAGUCUUGCCAAGACGGGAAGCACGUCCUAUUCCGCGACGACCUAAUCAUGACCACCCAUUUUCUGAAUAUUGUCCAGCGUGCCAAGGUCGUUGAGAUCGAAAGCCUGCUUUUGGUAUCAUUCCUAACUGCAUUGACAUUGAUCUGCAUCGUGAUAGCCUCCAUCGUUUUCGUCGUAUAUCGACGCCGUGUCUACAGUUCCCUUGGUCCUUUAUCUCAUGAACCAAUUUCUUCGCGUCCUCGGUCAUCUGAUUAUAGUCCUAUAAUUUCUCAAGAUGAAAGCGCGUAAAAUUUGUUUGCAUUUAAGUCUUUUAACUUUCUACAAUUAGUUCAUUUUUCCAACUUAGAUUAGGCCAACAAGUUUUACAUUCUUUUACCUUAAGCAACCAUUUUUCAAGUAUUUGACAGUAAUGGCAAUUGGCACGUCUAUGAUUUUGAAUGAAGAUACAAGUGGCCUUUUUUGUUUCA